AUGUCUUCAAGAAUAAUCGUCGGUAGUGCAGCAUUGGCCGCGGCCAUUACUGCCAGCAUCAUGGUCAGGGAACAGAAGGCCAAAGGUAAAGGAAGAGACAGUAAAGUUUCCGUUUGCUACAAUAGCCAAGAGUAUGGCGGCUCCGCAACUCCGCAGUGGGGAAAGCUGCACAACAUCAAGCAAGGUAUAAAGGAGGAUGCCUUGACGCUAAAGGACGCCCUGCUGGGUGUGUCACAGAAGGCCAGAGAAGAGGCUCCUGAAGCAGCCAAGCGUGUGAUUUCGCCAGAGGAGGACUCUCAAACGCGCAGGCAGCUGAGCCAGAAGGCCAAGGACAAUUCCUCGCAAAGCAUCUUCAAUUGGGGGUUCAGCGAGGCUGAGAGAAGGAAAGCCAUUGCCAUUGGGGAGUUUGAUACUGCUAAGAAGCGCUUCGAAGAGGCUGUAGAUCGCAACGAAAGGGAGCUCCUCUCCGCCGUGAUGAGGGAGAAGAAAGCGGCUUUGGACAGGGCUUCUAUAGAGUACGAGAGGUACGGCAAAGCCAGGGACUUCAACGAGCUUUCGGAUAAGUUGGACCGGCAGGAAAGGGAGAGUAACCCUUUGAAGCGUCUUUUGAAGAAGAACGUGAGCGACGGCAGCACCGAAGAAGCUGCCGCAAGAAGUGUCCAAGGUUGGGGUGAGACCGCCCAGGAGUUUGGUAGGGAAGAAUUGGAGGAGGCCAAGAGGAAUGCGUCCUCCGAGCCCAGUGACGCUCAAAAGCGUCUUGACGAAUUGAAGAAGAUCAAGGAAAAGGGAUGGUUUCGUUACAACAAGGGAGAACAAAGCGAGGAACAGAUUGCCGAACGAGUGGCCAGGGGUCUGGAAGGAUGGGGCGAGACCGCAGCCCAGCUGUCUAGGGAUGAAAUGGACGAUCUGAGAUGGAACUACGAAAACUCAAAGAAGCAGUUGGACAAGAACAUGUCGGACGCCAUGGACUCGUUGUCCAAGGCCAAGGAAGACUUGAAACAGUACGGCAGUCAUUGGUGGGCUGGAUGGACAUCCAAGGUUGACAGUGAUAAACAAGCUCUGAAGGAUGAGGCCCAAAAGAAGUACGAUGAUGCAUUGAAGAAGUACGAUGACGCCAAAAACAAAUUCAAGGAGUGGAGUGACAACGACGACGGUAAGUUCUGGAGCUCAAAGAAGGACUAG